AGUUUUCCCGCCAAACAGUGGUGACUAUCGCCGUGUUGAAACACCGUUUGAAUCCUUUUCUCAGCCGGGUCGGUCGCUUUCGUGGGAGUGUGUGAAUGUGUUUUACGGUGUGAUUGGAGGCUGUUUCCCGAUCCCCUUUUACCAGAGCCUAAAUUGCCAUUCUAAGUUGGAGUGACCGGUGGGACCAGUCCAGGAAGUUCGUGAUAUUAUCCAUUAGGAGUCGAGAGUGGAAUCUGUGAUCUAGUCUCUGAAACGAACGUGAACAACAGUCAGUCAUAAUGAAAGUAUUCGCCAUCUGCUUCUCCCUGUUGCUGUCCCUGGCGGUAACCACAGCGCAGCGCUUCGGAAGUCCGCUGUCAUCGUUCGAUCUAACCUCGCUAACCGGUGACUUUGGCGGACCGACUGCCUUUGCCGGACAGGAUUUCAGUUCCAAUCAGCUAACGGCCAGUAGCGGGCGCGAUCCACGACAAAACCGAGGUCCAGUCGUGUUUCCCCCACCUCCUACCGAUGGUCCAAUGGAGUCCAGCGGAGUGAUUGUUGGCGCUUCCGGUUAUGGUUUCGUGCCCCCAAACACCCCGCAAAUGUUCUUUUGAGUUCCCUACCCCGCGCAAGGUCGACCGGAACUAAACUGGCCAAUGUUUGGUAGCGAAUGUUCGUGUCAAUAACAAAAAAAAAAAACACAAUCCCGAAACGAUCCGUCACUUACUAUAAUUGUCGCAAUUGCAAUUUGUGAUACAAAGAUACAAAAUCUGAUAAUUCGAUUCCCAUUUUUCCUGCUUUUUUUCGCAGAUUCGUAUAACUCGCUAUUCAGAAGUCUAAGAUACUUCUAAGUCCAGUUUAACUGCCUUUUAAAAAUUAAUUCUAUCCUCGUUUGACUGGCGACACUAGCUAAUAAAGUUUGGUAUUUUAAAGAAAAUGAAAAAAAAACCACAACACCGUUCAUAGUCUAUAGGUUAGCAAAGUUAGAAGCAAAGUGAUAACCCGACCCGGCUCGGGUAGAAUUUGAUGCCAUAUCAAAUUUUCUUAAAACUGUUAAAAACCCUAUUUCCCGAACCCUCUUGAAUCUUGUUUUAAAUAUCCCCAACACAUAUUAGUGAUAGCCCUGUACAAAUCAAACCCAAGAAAGACAGAAGCAAAAAAGGAGAAACGUUAAACAAACGAAUUGUGUAGGAAAACCUUGUAUUAUAGAUUUAAUUAAC